AUGGCCGACCUCUCACUUGGUCCGCUGCGGAUUGCGAAUCCCGAUGAUGCUUCGCCCGAUACGCCAUUGCAGCCUCAACCGCCCGCAUCUCAGUUCCCCCGGGUUUCGCCUCUGGUCGACGCCGAUGGGAGGACAGAUUAUAUCUCCGCCACCCCUCAGCGCUCUCACAGCCCUGUGUCCCCAAUGGAGUCCGAGACCGGGCCCGAAGACCUCCCAUCUCACGCGGUAGCUCCCCCGUCGUUCUCGUCAAUACCAUCGUCUACGCCCACGCAACCUAGCUUCAUCCAAAAUAAUGCAUCCGCCGAGCGGCUCGCCCAGCGACAAAACAUCCCCUAUAGCUAUCAAGAUCAGCAACAAGCACAAUUUCCUCAAUAUCCUACCAUGAUGCCUCAGAACCUCCACGAUCCCAGGUCGAAUGCCUCACGUCCGGGUUCCGCAUAUUACACUCAGUUGCCGGUCAACGGCUCAGCUACCAACGGGGUUUCCCGGCAAGGAUCGUAUAGAGUUCGGAGCGAUGGGUCAGGCUCCACAGGAUUUCCUCAACGGACAUCCUCAAAGCGCUCGGGACUGGGAGACGUUGCUGGAGUGCCGUCAAGAGACGAUAGUCACACCGAAAGAGCAUAUGGUCAAGGACAAUAUACCCCGGGCAACGGACCAUUACCUCCGCGGAGAACUUCUCGGGGUGUGCCCGGCCCUCGCAUGGGAAGUACACCGACCGGCAACACACCCCUCUCCACCACCCCUAUUUCCAUACAGACACCCUUAUCAAGUUCCCCGUACAACAUGGAAGACCGUCCCCUGACUAGCGCCGAGGAGUGGCAAGAGCGCGGAGCCGCCGUCGGAGUAAAGAAGGAGAUUGGAGCAGAUGGAACUGUAGCUUAUAAACCGGUCAAGAAGGGUGUGAGGGACUUCAAUUUCGGCCAGACCCUUGGAGAGGGCUCUUACAGCACCGUCCUCGCCGCUACGGAUCGCGCCAGUGGACGACAGUAUGCCAUCAAGGUCCUAGACAAGAGGCAUAUCAUCAAGGAGAAGAAGGUCAAAUACGUUAACAUCGAGAAAGACACCUUGAACCGCUUGACCGACCACCCGGGCGUGGUGAGACUGUAUUACACAUUCCAAGAUGAGCGAUCUCUAUACUUUGUCCUGGAUUUGUGUCCCGGUGGAGAGCUGCUCGGAGUUCUGAAGCGGAUGUCGACCUUUGAUGAGGAGUGCACUCGAUUCUACGGCGCACAAAUACUGGACACCAUUGAGUAUAUGCAUAGCCGGGGCGUCAUCCAUCGCGAUCUGAAACCUGAAAAUCUCUUGCUCGACGAAAACAUGCACAUCAAGGUCACCGACUUUGGAACGGCCAAACUGCUGCCUGAAAGGCGGAACGCCGAAGGCAGAGUCGAUUUCGAACCCGACUCCACCUCGACCGAAAACAGGGCCAACUCCUUUGUGGGCACCGCAGAGUAUGUGAGUCCCGAGUUGCUGACCGACAAGAACGCAUGCAAGGCCAGCGACAUGUGGGCAUUUGGCUGCAUCAUUUAUCAACUAUUGGCGGGACGGCCGCCUUUCAAGGCCGUCAACGACUAUCAGACCUUCCAGAAGAUUGUUGCGCUCGACUACGAGUUUCCACGAGGGUUUCCUGACGUCGCCCGAGAUUUGGUUGAGCGGUUGCUAGUUCUCGACCCCCAAAGACGGUUAUCAAUCGAACAUGCAAAGAACCAUCCUUUCUUCACCGGCAUCCGGUGGGGUCGAGACUUGUGGAAGCAGAUAGCACCGCGGUUAAAGCCAUAUGUUCCUCCUGCAGCACCACCUAUCAAACUCAACGGCAGCAGUGCACAAGACAGCUAUCCACCAGAUAUCAUUCCCGGCCACAGUACGCAUCCGACGAUGCUCCCUCCCAACAACCAAAAGCCGCAGCCGAGAGUUGUUACAGAACUCCCGCCGCCAAGCCAACUCGACAUCGAAUGGUCACCUGUCCUCACGAGAAAUAACGAGCGGAUUCUCAAGCUAGGCAAUCUGACUGUGUUGUCGACGCCCAACCCUCACAGUCCGCACGGUAACGAGGGCGGGGGCAAACUAUCGAGAUUGUUCGGCGGCAGCAACACCAAGAAACGGCAAAGGCUCGUUAUGGUGACCUCGAGUGCAAGGAUCAUUAUUGCCGCGGCUGGUGGGGAGGACAAGAAGCCGAAGUCGGAAAUCUCGCUCCUCUCGCCAGGGACUGAAUAUUCCAGCGCGACCGAUUCCAAGGGAGUGACCCAAUGGAUUGUCAACACCAAGGACCGACACUAUGUUUUCGAGGACCUAAAGCCCCAGUCAGGUGAACCGAUGGCCACAGCGCUUGCAGCGCAGGAGUGGCUGGACGUGUUAGGACGAGCACGAGAAAUUGCGCUAUCCUCGCAGAAUGCCAACAACAGUUACUCAAACGACGACGCCCUCAAUCUCUCGUCCUCGGCGUUGUCGAGCCAUGCCAGCACCAUUGAUCAACCGACGGAUCUCAGUCCUCACAACGCAAAUCAAUCACAUUCUGGGCGAGGAAUGCUGCACAAGCAACAUUCAGGCGGCGACGCCGAGUCGCUGAAAGGGAGAAAGCGGUUCAGCAAGCGGCAGUCCAAAAGUGGACUGACUGCAGUCUUCUAG